AUGGCCGACCCAUCCCAACAGCUCCCCAACCCCUUCACGCCGAUGGCGUUCUUGCCCCCGGACAUUGCGUUCCAGGUCACCGUCGCAAGUUAUAUUCUGGUGGGGUCGCUUGGGGUGCUGAUUUGGGAUAUCCUCAAUAACCUGUCGUCGGAUUAUAGGCUUCUGACCAAAUAUCGUAUUGGUCUGCCUACGAUCGCGUACUUCAUAUCCCGCGUUGGGUCCUUAGCAUAUGUGCUGUGCAGUACAAUCUUCGAGACAUACCCCGCAGACAACUGCGCACUGUUCGAGAAGAUCCUGUGUGGACUGUACCCCGUAGCCAUCCCUGCGACAUCCCUCCUCUUCUUCUUCCGCGUACGAGCCAUCUUCGAUAGGAACAAGGUCGUCGUCGCGUUCUUCGCGUUCAUGUGGCUCGCGGUCCUCGGUGGAUGCAUCACCGUUACUCGCGGCGUCACCGGUAUUAACAUUGGUCCGACCAAGUACUGCCUCAAUUUCGCCCUUGAGGACUACGUCGCCGCCGCUGCCAUUAUCCCCCUGGUUAACGAUACCCUCGUCUUCUUCGCCAUUUCGGUCCGCCUGAUGACCAACACUCACGUCGAGUAUAACCUCCGGAACGGUAUCAAGACGAUUGUCUCCGGUGACUACCUGCCUGCCUUCUCCAAGACCUUGUUCCAGGACGGGCAGAUUUACUACCUGACGACUGUCUCAACCAACUUGCUGACAGUGAUCAUGCUGUACAUCUACUCCGUCCCGAUCACAUACCGGACGAUGUUCACCGUCCCCAACAUCGCGCUCAUGAACAUCAUGGCGUGCCGCGUGUUCCGGAACACCAAGUUCGGCGUGUUCAGGGAGACGGCGCUCUCGACGAGCAAACUCAUGUCCACGCGCGACGACCGUUCGCAGCCCUCCGUCAUCCCCCUCUCCCUCCGAAAAACGCCCAACCACGCUAGCACCACCGUCAACGACAUGCAUAUGCAUGGGGACGUCAACGGCGUCGCGAUCACCAAGACUAUCGAGCAUGAUUACGACCACUCCGACCACUCCGAGGACAACAAGGAGUACAAGGAGGCGUACGGAAGGGGGCAGAAUAACAUGGUGUAA